GUACACCUUCACUGGCAUUUACACUUUUGAGUCAGCAAUAAAGAUCUUAGCCAGAGGAUUUUGUUUAGUGCCCUUCACCUUCCUCAGAGAUCCGUGGAACUGGCUUGACUUCACCGUCAUCGUCAUGGCAUAUGUCACAGAAUUCAUUGAUCUGGGAAACGUCUCUGCACUGAGAACCUUCCGAGUCCUUCGAGCGCUGAAAACCAUCUCUGUUAUUCCAGGUCUGAAGACCAUCGUGGGUGCUCUGAUCCAGUCUGUAAAGAAGCUGGCGGACGUGAUGAUCCUGACCGUCUUUUGUCUGAGUGUGUUUGCUCUGAUUGGCCUGCAGCUUUUCAUGGGGCUGCUGCGACAAAAGUGCAUCCGCAGCCUCGAGCACUGCAUCAACUCUUCGUACAGCCCCAACACAACGUUCAUCUGCAACAACCGAACCUGGAGCUCACCUGAGGACUUCCUAAGCAAUGAAGAUAAUUUUUACAAAGUUGAAGGACAAAAAGAUGCAUUGAUAUGCGGAUAUGGAAGUGAUGCAGGAAAAUGCCCAGAUGGAUUUGACUGCCUAAAACUUGGAAGAAAUCCAAACUAUGACUACACCAGUUUUGAUACCUUUGGCUGGGCUUUUCUGGCACUUUUCAGACUUAUGACCCAAGACUACUGGGAAGAGCUGUUUCACCAGACUCUGCGUUCUGCUGGGAAGACCUACAUGGUUUUCUUUGUGCUCGUAAUCUUUCUUGGCUCCUUCUACCUGGUCAACCUGAUCCUGGCUGUGGUGGCCAUGGCCUAUGAGGAGCAGAACCAAGCGACCAUCGCCGAGGCCUGGCAGAAGGAGAGGGAGUUUCAGCUGGCCAUGGAGCACCUCAGACGGGAGCAAAGACUGGCAGCCAAAAGACAAGCACAGGAGACAGAGCUGUCCCCAGAACUGUCCCCAUUCAUUGUGAAGAGAGGAAGUAUACGGCGCAACAGCAGCACUAGAAGGAGAAAGUCCCACCAGGCUCUUUCAGAGGAAACAGCAGGAGAAGCUGCUGAGGAGAAGCUGGAUCCUGUGGAUGAAAUCGUGCCUCCUCUGUCCCCACUGCCUGUCCACCCUCUGUUGGCCACGCUGUCCUCUCACCCCCUCAGCACCAGGAGAGGAAGCCAGAACAGCAUCUUUAGCACUUUCCGAACUCGUAACAACUCAGAGGCUGACUUCGGGGACGAUGAGUACAGCGUGCAUGGAGACGUCUUCAGGAGUCGCGCCAGUUCUACUGUAACACCCUGGAAGAAGAGGACGGGCAGUGUGAGGAGCCACUGCUCCCAAGUCCUAACCCCCUCUUUUAAUGUCAACGGCCGACUGAACAUCUCCUUGGACCAGAACGGCGUCACCUGUAUGGGACUUCUCACCCCCACGUCCCUGCCAGCUCACAGCAUGGAAAGGGUCAGGGAGGAGGUGAAGCCCAGUUGUGCAGGAGACACAACUCCCAGACUCCUACAGCCCUCCCCCGUAAUAACAGAGCCCACUUCAGUGCGCAGGAAGAGAGUCCGGAGCUCUGUCAGCUUCCUCAGUGAUGCCAUGGAGGAACUGGAAGAAUCCAGGCAGAAGUGCCAUCCCUGCUGGUACACGUUUGCCAAGAAGUAUUUGAUCUGGGACUGCUGCCCCUGGUGGCUGAAGCUGAAGGAGUGGGUGAAGUUCAUGGUGAUGGAUCCUUUCCUGGAUCUGGGUAUCACCAUCUGUAUAGUCCUGAACACCCUCUUCAUGGCCCUGGAACAUUACCCCAUGACUGAUGAGUUCAACACCAUGCUGUCUGUGGGCAAUCUGGUGUUCACAGGGAUCUUUACAGCUGAGAUGGUUUUGAAGCUGAUUGCCUUGGAUCCAUAUUACUACUUCCAACAAGGCUGGAACAUCUUUGACGGCAUCAUUGUCUGCCUCAGCCUGAUGGAACUGGGUCUGUCUAACGUGGAGGGACUGUCUGUGCUGCGAUCGUUCAGACUGUUGCGAGUUUUCAAGUUGGCAAAGUCCUGGCCAACUCUCAACACUCUAAUCAAGAUUAUUGGGAACUCUGUGGGAGCCCUGGGGAACCUGACGCUGGUGUUGGCCAUCAUUGUCUUCAUCUUUGCCGUGGUGGGGAUGCAGCUGUUUGGGAAGAACUACCAAGACUGUGUGUGUAAGAUCGCCUUUGACUGCCAGCUGCCUCGCUGGCACAUGAAGGACUUCUUCCACUCCUUCCUGAUUGUGUUCAGGGUGUUGUGCGGCGAGUGGAUUGAGACCAUGUGGGACUGUAUGGAAGUGGCCGGGCAGCCUCUUUGCAUCCUGGUCUUCAUGCUGGUCAUGGUCAUAGGUAACCUGGUGGUUCUGAAUCUUUUUCUCGCCCUGCUGCUCAGCUCCUUCAGCUCUGACAACCUCUCUGCUCCGGAUGAAGACGGUGAUUUAAACAACAUUCAGGUCGCCAUCGCCCGCAUCCACGGCGGCGUGUCCUGGCUCGGGAGGAGCACCAUUAACCUCUUCCAACACAGCCUGAGGAGUCAGAAAGCCAAAGAAGCUGGUCAAGCCAUUAGKUUGGCUGGAAAUCACAUAGAAAGUAACGGGGGAGUUUUUUCAAAGUARGGAGAGAAGUACUUCAUAUCAGAAGAGGAUAGCUACAUGACAAACCCAAACCUUACAGUCAUUGUUCCCAUCGCACCUGGAGAGUCAGAUGUGGAGUUUCUGGAGGAAGAGGAGAAUUCAGAGUCAUCUGAUGAUGAAGAUAACAAACCAGAGAAAAUUAGUCUCUCAGAGGGCAGCACGGUGGAUCUGAGAAAACCUGGAGAAGUAGAGGAUGAUUUAUCUGAGCUAGCUGAAGAUGGUAUGGAGCCAGAGGAUUGCUUUCCUAAACUGUGCCUGAGACACUGUGAGUGCUGCAGCAUCGACACCAGCCAGGGUCUGGGUCAGGCCUGGUGGAGGCUGAGGAAGACCUGCUACCAGAUCGUGGAGCACAGCUGGUUUGAGACAUUUAUCAUCUUCAUGAUCCUGCUCAGCAGUGGAGCUCUGGCAUUUGAAGAUAUUUAUAUAGAGAGGAGAAAAGUCAUAAAGGUGGUUUUGGAAUAUGCUGACAAAGUCUUCUCCUACAUCUUUGUCCUGGAGAUGUUUCUGAAGUGGAUUGCYUACGGCUUCAAGAAAUAUUUCACCAACUACUGGUGCUGGCUCGACUUUUUGAUUGUAGAUGUSUCCCUGAUAAGUCUGGUAGCAAGUUCACUGGGAUAUUCAGAAUUCUCAGCCAUCAAGUCCCUGAGGACCCUCCGGGCUUUGAGACCGCUCAGAGCUCUGUCCAGAUUUGAGGGCAUGAGGGUGGUUGUGAAUGCUCUUAUAGGAGCCAUCCCCUCCAUCAUGAACGUGUUGCUCGUGUGUCUCAUCUUCUGGCUAAUCUUCAGCAUCAUGGGAGUCAACCUGUUUGCUGGCAAGUUUGGGAAGUGCGUGAACAAAACGGGCUUCAUCCACAGCAUCUCUGUGGUCAACAACAAGUCUGACUGUCUGGCCAUGAAUGACACUCAGUUCUUCUGGACAAAAGUCAAGGUUAACUUUGACAACGUUGGACUUGGUUACCUUUCCCUCCUGCAGGUGGCAACAUUUAAAGGAUGGAUGGAAAUAAUGAAUGCAGCUGUUGAUUCAAGAGGAGUGGAGGAACAACCCAGCAGAGAAAUUAACCUCUACAUGUACCUCUACUUUGUUGUCUUCAUCAUAUUCGGCUCCUUCUUUACCCUCAACCUUUUCAUCGGUGUGAUCAUUGACAAUUUUAACCAACAGAAAAGAAAGUUAGGUGGACAGGAUAUCUUCAUGACUGAAGAACAGAAAAAGUAUUAUAAUGCCAUGAAAAAGCUGGGAACUAAGAAACCUCAAAAACCCAUACCAAGGCCUGCGAAUAUUCUCCAAGCCUUCUUCUUUGAUCUGGUGUCCAAGCAAGCCUUCGACAUCAUGAUCAUGAUGCUCAUCAUCGUCAACAUGGUGACCAUGAUGAUGGAAACCGAUGAGCAGUCGGAGCGCAUGGAGUCCAUUCUCAACAUGAUCAACCUGGUCUUCAUUGUGAUCUUCACCACCGAAUGCCUGAUCAAGAUCUUUGCCCUCCGAUGUUAUUUUUUCACCAUCGCUUGGAACAUUUUUGACUUUGUGGUGAUCAUUCUUUCUAUAGUGGGGAUUGUUCUUGCUGACAUAAUUGAGAAGUACUUUGUAUCUCCAACCCUGUUUCGAGUCAUCAGACUGGCAAGGAUAGGACGUGUGCUUCGACUUAUACGUGCAGCCAAAGGAAUACGGACUUUACUGUUUGCCUUAAUGAUGUCCAUGCCAGCACUGUUCAACAUUGGCCUCCUGCUUUUUCUUGUCAUGUUUAUCUACGCUAUCUUCGGUAUGGCGAACUUUGCCUACGUGAAAAAGCAAGAUGGGAUCGAUGACAUGUUUAACUUCGAGACCUUUGGGAACAGUAUAAUCUGCCUUUUUCAGAUCAGCACCUCAGCAGGCUGGGACAACCUCCUGAGCCCCAUAAUGUCCAACUCUCCAGAGGAAUGUGACGUUAACUUUAUCAAUACUGGCACCAAUACUCGAGGAAACUGCGGGAACCCGUCGGUGGGCAUAGCUUUUUUUGUCAGCUACAUUAUCAUCUCCUUCCUCAUUGUGGUAAACAUGUACAUAGCAAUCAUUCUGGAAAACUUCAGCGUUGCUACAGAAGAGAGCACAGAACCACUGAGCGAGGAUGACUUUGAAAUGUUUUAUGAGGUUUGGGAGAAGUUUGACUCCGAGGCCACGCAGUUUAUAGAGUUUUCAAAGUUGGAAAGAUUUGCAAACGCUCUGUCUGAGCCACUGCGGAUCGCAAAACCCAACAAGAUCCAGCUGAUUUCUAUGGACCUUCCUAUGGUCAGUGGGGACAGGAUCCACUGCCUAGACAUUUUGUUUGCCUUCACAAAGCGUGUGCUAGGAGAGUCGGGUGAUAUGGACACCCUCAAACAGCAAAUGGAGGAGAAGUUUAUGACGACUAACCCCUCCAAAAUUUCCCACGAGCCCAUCACAUCCACCCUGCGCCGCAAAAUGGAGGAGGUAGCUGCGAUCAUCAUCCAGAGAUGUUACAGGAGGCAUCUGGUGUGCCGGCAAAUGAAGCAGGCAUCAUACCUUUACAGACAAAUCAACUAUGAAGUUGUGGUAGAUGUCGAGAAUGCUCCGGAGACAGAGGGGCUGAUAGCCUCCAUGAUACAGCACUACGGACCUGUGCUUGUCGAGAGUGACCAGACAACAGAAGACACAUUAUUGUCCUCAUCACCAUUUUAUCAUACUCCAACCUGGGCAACCUCUCUGAGUCCCCCUGAUCCCAGCAGAACAACAUCUAGAGGRUCUGAACCGCAGGAGUCGAGUGAAAAUUAUGAGGAAACUUUCCUUUGAGACUUUCUAAAAUGAUCAAAACAUCUUUAUCUGUUUUGUUGACAGAUAGAGUGCUGAUGAAAAUAAAUUGUAGUCAAACCACUUUUUUAUUGUUUUGUAAAAUACAAAGUAAGCAUGCAAUAUUUUACAGUAGCAGCCUCUGUCUCAGUAGAAUAAUGAUACAUAGAUAAACUGUACAUUGCAAAAUGACUAUGGUUUAUGUAGUCACAUAUAGAGAGCAAGUGGAAGUAGUAAAGUUAAACUUGUCCUCACAUCAUCAGAAGGAUUCAGUGUUACCUGAUCAAGGGGAGAAUGAGGUAAUAUUUUUCUAUUUUCAUACCUACUGUUUUUCUGAGAAUUCAAAAUGUCUGAAAUGGAUUUUCACACAGUAAAGGCCCUGUCACACUUUGUUUUAGACAGUGUGGGCCGACUUUUGAAC